AAGUGAUAUCCGAGUAGCAUAAGCACACAAUGUCAAUAUAUACGGUCUUUUAGCUUAAAAUCCCCCAAAUCGAAAUGAAAGUCAUAAUGCACUGAAACCAAGGCGACUAGAAUAUUCGCAAUUCGCUCACAAUAUGUUCCGUUGAUACAUAUUCAAUAGAUUGCAGAUAAGAUUUAAUAGAUUGGCAAACGCAAUAAGAACUCUCCGCUUUUCUAAUCAGUUUAUGGAGUUGUCUAGAUAAAAAUUGUAAAAUGGUGAAAACAUGCUGUUUCUGCAUUAAAUUGCGCAAAGCCUGCAUCAUCAUAGCCAUCGUGGACCUCAUCAUUAACUUAGUGGUGCUCAACUUGGCGGGUCAGGAGUUCAUCGCACACAUUGAGCAGGCGGUGGCCAUCUGCCAUUGCAUCGGCUGCACAUUCCUGCUGGGCGGAGCUCUAAUCAGAUCAACUGUUCUCCUGAUGUUCUUCCUGAUCACUAGCCUGACCAACUGCAUGAUCCUGCUCGUGUACUGCAUCUACAUGCUGAUUAAGGAGGAGCGGUACCGGGAGAUAAUUGUCCCAGGAUCUGCAAUAUAUAUAUGCUUUGGUAUCUACUUCUGGAUUGUCGUCUACUCGUAUUAUGUCGAAGUCAGAGAUCCCGAAGACGUCCUGGAAGUUUAAAACCUUACGCAGAAAGAACAUAAUUGCCUUCUGGUCUGGAUUGUUUUAUCCGUUUUCCUAGGUGCUUAUGAUCUCAAUAGUAUUUAAGUUAAUUGUAAAACUCAUUCAUGUUUUAUUGGUGAGCUCAAAUGAAAUUGAGAUUAUCCCUAGCAAAUCGGAUUCCAAAUUACAUGUACAUAUUAUAAAAAAAUCGAUUCUACAGUUACUUUUAGAAUCAAACAGUUUCGUGUGACAUGUGAGAGGUCUGCACACUCUUCAGGUGCGCUUCGUCACUAAGUUGACUGCCGUCCACAGAUAUAUUUUGUAUAUUGGU